GUGAAAUACUAUUUUUUAAAGUAUUUUUAUUGUAAAUUAAUUUCAGAAAUCAAUUUUUUAUUUCCUGGAUAUAAAAAUAAUUUUAUGAUAUUAUUAAAUAAAAUAAAUGAUGUAAUUAUAUAUUUUUCUUAAUUUGAUAAAUUAUAUAUGCAAAUGCUUUUCUAAAAGCUUCAUAUAAGAGCAUUGGUCAGAGAGCAUUUGGAAAGCAUUAACAUUUAGUUAAUGCUUUUCUAAAUGAUUUUCUAACAAUUAUUGAUUGGAUCAUGUAGAGUAUAAUGCUAAUCCUCUACUAAUCAAUGCAUAAGUAUCAUAGACUAGAGGUGUGAUGUGGAAGUCCGUUUAAUUAAAUAACAUUGCAUUCUAUUUUAGACAAUUAUCUCAAAUAGAAAAAUGAUCAAAAUAACUUUUUUUUUGUUUUGAAAAUUUUAAUUUUAAAUUUUUAUUUUUAAAAUUUGAAAUCCUAUUCUCAAAAUGCAAUCGCCUUAACUAAAUCUAAGUUUAAAUUAGUUAACCGUAGAGUAUAAAUAUUUUUUUACUCUUUAACAAAAUUAAAUUUGUUUUUAAUCCAAAAAGUAGGUCUCAUAGAUGGAUUUUCUCAAAUAUUAAGGAUAUAUAAAAGCUAGCCGUUAUGACUCGUAACAACUAUAUGGUGAAUUCUAACUCUCAGAGAUUUGAGUUUUUUGGCUUAAGUUAUCAAAACACACAUGGACAUUUGGACAAGUCUCUAAAACCACAGAAUAGUUAUUAGUUUUAUAUGUAUUGAAUUAAUCUUGCAAAAUGUUCGUGACUUACAUUUCGAGACUUACAUUUUUACCAAAAAAAAAAAAAUGUUCGAGAUUGGCAUGCCAUCCCCUGGAAUAUAUGCAUGGAAUCCGAGAUAACAAAAAUAUCAAUAUGUUUUAAUGGUCACGUGUAUUGCAGUAUAUGGGUUACCAGUGUACCACCGACACAGCAAGUUACGAGGUACAUGCAUGGCUCUGCUUGUCUAGAACAGUGGACGUAUCGUGUGUCUUUCAAGAUUCGCUUUGAAUAACAUAAAAGUUUAGUUAAUUAGCUUAGAGGCUAAGAUAUAUUCUCCUUUUCUUAUCAAAGAUAUAUUAUCUCUUUCUUUUUGGAUAACCAUAUUGUCUUCCUUUCUUUUUGGUCGGUUUUGGAUGUCGAUAUAUCUAAAUGUUUGUUCUUUUUUCAUGGAAUUAAUACAACAAUAUAGUUUAUUUAUCACUGAUUUGGCUGAAUAAAGGGACUAGUUUUACUUUACCACAUGUAGAAUGGUACCGUCUCAAGGAAAAGAAUGGAACCAAUGGUAAGCAAAGAAACAAAAGAAAAUAUGAAAGAGGGCGUUCCAGAAGCAGAUAAUCUCUUAAGUAACGAAGAUAAAACAAAAGAAGAAGAAGAGGAGGAGGGAGGUAAUGGUGGGAUUUUGAACAAUCUGAUAUCCAACUUGAUGGGUGCAACAACAACAGCAGUAGAUGAAAAAUCUGGUGAAAAUACUCAGAAAUCUGAAUGUGAAGAUGAAGAUGAGAAGAAGAAAGAGGGUUCAGGAGCUGGAAUCUUAGAAAAGAUCAUUUUUCAUCUGCCAGAAGAUGCAGUUCCAACGACAGAGGAAGCAUCCAUUCUGAUCCACUCUGUGAUUGACUGAAGAAGACUUAAACCACAAAUCAUUUUCAUCGUUGUUGUUGUUGUUUAUGUGACUUGUGAUCUUGUUAUUUCUUUUCACAAAACUCUUUGUUUUCCUAUCGGAAUCUUUUCAAGGCUAACGUUGAAGCCAUCAUGGUUUUUUCUAUUUUCUUAGCUCAUAUUUUAAAAAAAUAAAAAAGUCUGUAGUUAGAUAUGUUUAUGUUCUUGAUGCCUUUUCUCACGAACACAACAAUACACCUAAGGGCAUCUCCAACUCUACUUUGUUUUUCACUCUAAAAUAGAAUUUUAGAGUAAAAAUGUUUCAAUUGUACUAUAUUAAACAGGUUUACUCCAAAUAUAGAAUAAAUUUUUUUUUUUGUUCAUCACUCUAUUUUCUAGAGUAAAAAAUAGAGUAAGCUAUUAGAAAUGAUCUACCUAAAUACCUACGGUUUAACAUCUUCGAGGUUGCAGCUCUAGAAAUUCAUAGAUAAAUAUAAAAAAUCUACCCAAGGAAAGGGGUUAGACUAUGAAUCACUGGAUAACAGAUUCGAUAGAUUUCGCAUACAAUGAAAGAGGAAACAUAUGGUUCUUUAGUUACAAAAAAAAAACAUAUUGUUUUGACCAUUUGGACAAGAAGCUUACAACGAAAACAAAACGAGUUCUUCAACUAUUAAACAAAUUAUGUUAUACAUUUCCCAUUCAAUAGUUAUGUUCAAUAAUUUUUGAGAAUAAUUUUUCUAUUUAGUAAAACUUGAGUUAAUGAAAUGGGUAAGCAAAAAUUAAGUAUUACUAUGUUCUAUAAAAAAAUAUAGGUAAAUUCAUAUAACAAUUCAUUUUGAUUCGUUAUUAUUUAUUAUGAGAAAACAUAUGUUCUAUAAGUAGUGGUGGAGCCAGAAUUUAUUUUUAUUUGGGUAAAAAUUUAAAUAUUAGUAUAUUUAUAAUAUUAAAUUUAUUAAUAUUUUAAUAGUAAAAUAAAUUCUAAAAUAUGAGUUUUAAAACCAUUGAUGAAAAAAUACCAUUGUAAAAUAUAUUUUAUAAUUUGUUAUUAUUUUUUUUAUAAAAUUAGCAAAUGUAAAAAGUGUAAAAAUAUUAUUUUAGUCAUUGUAUUUUGAUUAUUUAGUUAUAUGUUUAUCAAACAAACAAUAUUAUACUAAAUAUGAUGAAUUGUGUAAAAUUAUAUUAAAUUUUUGUUGUAAUAUAAAAAAUGUUAGUAUAUCACUUCAAAACAAUUAACUCUGCAAACAAAUAAUUUGAUAAAUUUAAUUGCUGCAAUCUAUUUGAAGAGUAGAAUUAAAAUUUCAUAAGUUUUCUACGUACAAAGCAAAAUGUAUUAGUCCAAAGUCUUUUAGAUACUGUAAAAUAUCAUAUUGGCUGUAUGUAUCACAUUCAUUAAUUAAUGUAUAAAAAUAAAAUUAUAAAAAUAAUCUCAUUUUUUUACAUCUAAAAAUAAUCUCAUUAAACAAAGAAAAUUAGUAAAUUUACUUGAAUACACAAAACUCAGUUAAGAAAAAAGAAAACCGACCAAAGAGAAAAUGUACUGGGGGCAAGUAAGAUUUUUGAUAUGGGAGCAAAAACUAUUUUACUCUAUAAUAUGUAUUAAAUUAAAAAAAAAUAUUGGGGGGCAAACUGCCUCCCCUCUCAACGUACGUGCCAAACGUUGAAUAGAUUUUUCUAAUUAGUGAUAAAUGUAUUGUUCCUAACUCUUUAUAUAUUAGUUAAUAUCUCACUAAAACGAUGUGGGAUACUUUAUUUCUAAUACAUACUAUAUCAACAUGGUUAAAAGCUUUUGUAUCAUAUUCAAUAAGAAAUUAAACUUGAGGUUGAUACUUUUCAUUCAUACAUAGCAAAAGCCUGAACCUUUUUCUCUCGUAAGAGUAGCAAAUUUAUGAAGCAUUAAGCUUCUUUAGUUUCAGUGGAUUUUUGUUGCCUAAUUGCACAAAAAUUUAGUGGUUCAUUCAUCUUAAUCUCUACCUAUCUGUAAAUUUAGUGUGACGUAGGAAAAAUAUAUUUGUAGAUUCUUCGAGAUAUGAUCAUGUGGUUAGAUUGAUGUUUUGAUACUUGCCACCCAAGUGUCACGUCCCAACUUUUGAAGAAAUAAUGGGCCGAGACCGAGAGGUUUCAGACCGACCAUACUUAAUAUUUUUCUUAAGUGUUAAGCUUGUAAAAUAUCUAAGUAAGGAUAAUAUAAAAUAAUGAUGGAAGUGUGUAGAAUAUUUUAGAAUAAAGUAGCUUAAGGGUGAAGUACUUCAUAGGAAGGAAAAGAUCUGAGCCGUUAGAUCGGUUUGAUCUCCACCAUCCGCUGAGGAGGUGAUUGUAUAUAAAUAGGGGGUGAAGCCUCAUCCGUAAAAUCAUUCACCACGUUAUAAAAUAAAUACUUCCAAAAGCUCUGACUUCUCCCUAAUAAUUUUUCGCUAAAAUCAGGUUUUCUUAUCCGUAGAAUACACUUUCUACACUGCGUAGAACCAAAACAGAAAUCCCAUUAGAAGAUUCUAUUUCAUGUAGCCGUUUGAGUAGUGUAUAGAUUUUGCAUUCUUAGAAUGUUAGAAUACUUCAUAAAAGUAGAAACUGCAUUCGUAGAAAAAGUAAAUAACUUUACAAUUAGUAGAAUUCGUAUUUCUCAUAUUUGAAAGUUUAAUUAAAAGUUGAUUGCUUGUUCUAAAAAAUUAGAUGAACUUGUUUAGUCUGGAAUUUAAUUUCUACUAACCCAUUUUCCGUAGAAGACACAAUAUAGUUUUAGUAGAACAUAUUUAAAAUUUCAAUUUAUCAAGUUUUUCAAAAAAAAAAAAACCAGUUUGUGUAUAUGAGUGUUUUAUCAAUUUUUUGUAUUUUUUAUAAUUUUUUGAUUUAUUUCAUUAAUUUUUAGAAAUAGAAAGGGUAAAAAGGAAAAAAAAAUGGACAAAAUUGUUUUUAUAGCAAAGAGAAAACCAUGCUGUUUUUUGUUCCGAUUUGACAAUUUUCUCCAAAAAGUUUAACCUCUAAUUGUCAACUCACGUUUUGACAAAAAGUUAAUAUAGUUUUGAUUUCGUAGAAUUUAGAGAAAUUUCAUUAUCAAAAGAAAAUUUAUUUUCUGUUUGAAAAACAAAAAAAUGUUGUCGAUGGGUAUGAAAAAAAGGAUUAUGAAUGUAUAUAUCUCAUUGUGGGAAGUCAAAGAUUUGCUUCUUUAUAAUAUCCUCCAUUUUUAGCCAAAAUCUUUUUACAUAUAUUCUAUGUUGUAGUCAAAUAAAAAUAUAAAGAAAAUCUCAAAUUCCAUUUCAGUCUUUUCAUUCUUGUGUUUUUAGCCAAAAUCCUUUUAUAAUAUUAUCUAAAGAAACUCUUGUGUUUUUUAUUCAAGAUGGAAGGAGAAUCCUCUAAUGGCCCUCUCAUGCUUGGUGGAGUUUCUGAAGUGGCCUCGACAUCUGGUCAACUUGGUGAUGGUGCUGACAAGGAUGAAAGAUACGCUUUAAAUAUACAAGAUGCAGAGAGUAUGAAAUCUAGGCAACGACCAAGAAGAAGAAAGAGGAGCUCAAGUUUGAAAAUAGUAGAAGUUGAGCUCAUCUUUCUUCUUGGCUGUUGCAUAGAUUUCAUACUCUCUGCAUCUUGAAUCUUUCGUCCUUCUCAACAUCAUCACCAAGUUGAUCAGAUGUCGAGGCCACUUCAGAAACUCCACCAAGCUUGAGAGGAUCAUUAGAUGGAUUUUUCUUCCAUUUUUAAUAAAAACACACAAGAAUUUCUUUAGAAUAAUAUAUAAAAAGAUUUUGGCUAAAACACACAAGAAUGAAAAAAACUGAAAUGGAAUUUGAGAUUUUGUUUAUAUUUUUAUUUGACUACAACGUAGAAUAUAUGUAAAACGAUUUUGGCUAAAAAUGGAGGGUAUUAUAUAGAAACAAAUCUUUGACUUCCCACAAAGAGAUAUAUACAUUCAUAAUCCUUUUUUUGCAUACCCAACAGCAACAUUUUUUUAUUUUUCAAGCGAAAAAUAAAAUUUCUUUUAAAAAUGAUUUCUCUAAAUUUUACCAAAUCAAAACUACAUUAACUUUUCGUUAAAACAUGAGUUAACAAUUUGAGUUUAAAUUUUUUACUACAUUUUGAUCAAAUAUCUUCAGAGUCUUCCACCAGAAACAAAACUAUAUUGUAUUGCGGAUGUAUCCUGGAAGUCACCAACUGAAAAGAGUUUGAAAAGGAUGGUCCUUAACAAGCAAAGAAGGCAUUCUCAAAAUUCAAGCACUUAAUAAGUGCUACCAUGUCACCUUUGGUAGCACAAUCAAUUGUAACUAGCUGUUCAACAAAUAAAUCGACUUGGAUAUAUACAAGGUGUGUUUCUAGGUGACUGCGUGGAAUUGCUCAAAAAUUUGGAUCAAAUAGCAAUAGCUAGAAGCGGAAAGGAAGCAAAUAUCAUGACGCAACACCUGUAAUACAAGAUAUCUUAGCUCUAGCAAGAUUGAAUAGAUUUAGUUUUCAUCAAGUACCUAGAAAUUUGGUUUAGUAUUGUUGAUCAUCUAGCUAAGAGAGCCAGGUAUAAAAUUCAAGGAUAUGUAAUAACCUGGUUUUAAGUAUAAGCCAUUGUAAAGGAAUGAAAUGGUAGCAAAAAAAAUAAGACUGGAAAAAUAUAUAGCAUAACUAGUGGCGGAGCCAAAAUUUAUUUUUAUUAGGGGUCAAAAUUUAAAUAUUGUUAAAUUUAUUAAUAUUUUCAUAGUAAUAUAAAUUUUAAAAUAUGAGAUUUAAAAUCAAUGAUGAAAAAAUACCAUUGUAAAAUAUAAAUUAUAAUUUGCUAUUAUUUUCUAUAAAAUUAACAAAAUGUAAAAAGUAUAAAAUAUUAUUUUAGUCAUUGUAUUUUGAUUAUUUAGUUAUAUGUUUAUCAAACAAACAAUAUUAUACUAAAUAUGAUGAAUUGUGUAAAAAUAUUUUAAAUUUUUGAUGUAAUAUAAAAAAAUGUUAGUAUAUCACUUCAAAACAAUUAAUUCUGCAAAAACAAAAUUAUAAAUUUAAUUGCUGCAAUCUAUUUGAAGUUUAGAAUUAAAAUUUUAUAAGCUUUCUACGUAAAAAAUGAAAUGUAUUAGUACAAGUCUUUAAGAUACCGUAAAAUAUCAUAUGGGUCCGUAUGUAUCACAUUUAUUAAUUAGUGUAUAAAGUAAAAUUAUACAAAUGAUCUCUUUUUUUUUUUGACAUCGAAAAAUAAUCUCAUUAAACAAAGAAAAUUAGUAAAUUUACUUGAAUACACAAAACUCAUUUAAGAAAAAAGAAAACCGACCAAAGAGAAAAUGUACUGGGGGCAAGUAAGAUUUUUGAUAUGGGAGCAAAAACUAUUUUACUCUAUAAUAUGUAUUAAAUUAAAAAAAAAAUUGGGGGGCAAACUGCCUCCCCUCUCAACAUACGUGCCAAACGUUGAAUAGAUUUUUCUAAUUAGUGAUAAAUGUAUUGUUCCUAACUCUUUAUAUAUUAGUUAAUAUCUCACUAAAACGAUGUGGGAUACUUUAUUUCUAAUACAUACUAUAUCAACAUGGUUAAAAGCUUUUGUAUCAUAUUCAAUAAGAAAUUAAACUUGAGGUUGAUACUUUUCAUUCAUACAUAGCAAAAGCCUGAACCUUUUUCUCUCGUAAGAGUAGCAAAUUUAUGAAGCAUUAAGCUUCUUUAGUUUCAGUGGAUUUUUGUUGCCUAAUUGCACAAAAAUUUAGUGGUUCAUUCAUCUUGAUCUCUAUUUAUCUGUAAAUUUAGUGUGACGUAGGAAAAAUAUAUUUGUAGAUUCUUCGAGAUAUGAUCAUGUGGUUAGAUUGAUGUUUUGAUACUUGCCACCCAAAUGUCACGUCCCAACUUUUGAAGAAAUAAUGGGCCGAGACCGAGAGGUUUCAAACCGACCAUACUUAAUAUUUUUCUUAAGUGUUAAGCUUGUAAAAUAUCUAAGUAAGGAUAAUAUAAAAUAAUGAUGGAAGUGUGUAGAAUAUUUUAGAAUAAAGUAGCUUAAGGGUGAAGUACUUCAUAGGAAGGAAAAGAUCUGAGCCGUUAGAUCGGUUUGAUCUCCACCAUCCGCUGAGGAGGUGAUUUUAUAUAAAUAGGGGGUGAAGCCUCAUCCGUAAAAUCAUUCACCAUGUUAUAAAACAAAUACUUCCAAAAGCUCUGACUUCUCCCUAAUAAUUUUUGCUAAAAUAAGGUUUUCUUAUCCGUAGAAUACACUUUCUACACUGCAUAGAACCAAAACAGAAAUCCCAUUAGAAGAUUCUAUUUCAUGUAGCCGUUUGAGUAGUGUAUAGAUUUUGUAUUCUUAGAAUGUUAGAAUACUUCAUAAAAGUAGAAACUGCAUUCGUAGAAAAAGUAAAAAAUUUUACAAUUAGUAGAAUUCGUAUUUCUCAUAUUUGAAAGUUUAAUUAAAAAUUGAUUGCUUGUUCUAAAAAAAUUAGAUGAACUUGUUUAGUCUGGAAUUUAAUUUCUACUAACCCAUUUUCCGUAGAAGACACAAUAUACUUUUAGUAGAACAUAUUUAAAAUUUCAAUUUACCAAGUUUUUCAAAAAAAAAAACCAGUUUGUGUAUAUGAGUGUUUUAUCAAUUUUUUGUAUUUUUUAUAAUUUUUAAUUUAUUUCAUUAUUUUUUAGAAAUAGAAAAGAUAAAAAGGAAAAAAAAUGGACAAAAUUGUUUUUAUAGCAAAGAGAAAACCAUGCUGUUUUUUGUUCCGAUUUGACAAUUUUCUCCAAAAAGUUUAACCUCUAAUUGUCAACUCACGUUUUGACAAAAAGUUAAUAUAGUUUUGAUUUCGUAGAAUUUAGAGAAAUUUCAUUAUCAAAAGAAAAUUUAUUUUCUGUUUGAAAAACAAAAAAAUGUUGUCGAUGGGUAUGAAAAAAAGGAUUAUGAAUGUAUAUAUCUCAUUGUGGGAAGUCAAAGAUUUGCUUCUUUAUAAUAUCCUCCAUUUUUAGCCAAAAUCUUUUUAUAUAUAUUCUAUGUUGUAGUCAAAUAAAAAUAUAAAGAAAAUCUCAAAUUCCAUUUCAGUCUUUUCAUUCUUGUGUUUUUAGCCAAAAUCCUUUUAUAAUAUUAUCUAAAGAAACUCUUGUGUUUUUUAUUCAAGAUGGAAGGAGAAUCCUCUAAUGGCCCUCUCAUGCUUGGUGGAGUUUCUGAAGUGGCCUCGACAUCUGGUCAACUUGGUGAUGGUGCUGACAAGGAUGAAAGAUACGCUUUAAAUAUACAAGAUGCAGAGAGUAUGAAAUCUAGGCAACGGCCAAGAAGAAGAAAGAGGAGCUCAAGUUUGAAAAUAGUAGAAGUUGAGCUCAUCUUUCUUCUUGGCUGUUGCAUAGAUUUCAUACUCUCUGCAUCUUGAAUCUUUCGUCCUUCUCAACAUCAUCACCAAGUUGAUCAGAUGUCGAGGCCACUUCAGAAACUCCACCAAGCUUGAGAGGAUCAUUAGAUGGAUUCUUCUUCCAUUUUUAAUAAAAACACACAAGAAUUUCUUUAGAAUAAUAUAUAAAAAGAUUUUGGCUAAAACACACAAGAAUGAAAAAAACUGAAAUGGAAUUUGAGAUUUUGUUUAUAUUUUUAUUUGACUACAACGUAGAAUAUAUGUAAAAAGAUUUUGGCUAAAAAUGGAGGGUAUUAUAUAGAAACAAAUCUUUGACUUCCCACAAAGAGAUAUAUACAUUCAUCAUCCUUUUUUUGCAUACCCAACAGCAACAUUUUUUUUAUUUUUCAAGCGAAAAAUAAAAUUUCAUUUAAAAAUGAUUUCUCUAAAUUUUACCAAAUCAAAACUACAUUAACUUUUCGUUAAAACAUGAGUUAACAAUUUGAGGUUAAAAUUUUUACUACAUUUUGAUCAAAUAUCUUCAGAGUCUUCCACCAGAAACAAAACUAUAUUGUAUUGCGGAUGUAUCCUGGAAGUCACCAACUGAAAAGAGUUUGAAAAGGAUGGUCCUUAACAAGCAAAGAAGGCAUUCUCAAAAUUCAAGCACUUAAUAAGUGCUACCAUGUCACCUUUGGUAGCACAAUCAAUUGUAACUAGCUGUUCAACAAAUAAAUCGACUUGGAUAUAUACAAGUUGUGUUUCUAGGUGACUGCGUGGAAUUGCUCAAAAAUUUGGAUCAAAUAGCAAUAGCUAGAAGCGGAAAGGAAGCAAAUAUCAUGACGCAACACCUGUAAUACAAGAUAUCUUAGCUCUUGCAGGAUUGAAUAGAUUUAGUUUUCAUCAAGUACCUAGAAAUUUGGUUCAGUAUUGUUGAUCAUCUAGCUAAGAGAGCCAGGUAUAAAAUUCAAGGAUAUGUAAUAACCUGGUUUUAAAUAUAAGCCAUUGUAAAGGAAUGAAAUGGUAGCAAAAAAAAUACGACUGGGAAAAUAUAUAGCAUAACUAGUGGCGGAGCCAAAAUUUAUUUUUAUUGGGGUCAAAAUUUAAAUAUUGUUAAAUUUAUUAAUAUUUUCAUAGUAAUAUAAAUUUUAAAAUAUGAGAUUUAAAAUCAAUGAUGAAAAAAUACCAUUGUAAAAUAUAAAUUAUAAUUUGCUAUUAUUUUCUAUAAAAUUAACAAAAUGUAAAAAGUAUAAAAAAUAUUAUUUUAGUCAUUGUAUUUUGAUUAUUUAGUUAUAUGUUUAUCAAACAAACAAUAUUAUACUAAAUAUGAUGAAUUGUGUAAAAAUAUUUUAACUUUUUAAUGUAAUAUAAAAAAAUGUUAGUAUAUCACUUCAAAACAAUUAAUUCUGCAAAAACAAAAUUAUAAAUUUAAUUGCUGCAAUCUAUUUGAAGUUUAGAAUUAAAAUUUUAUAAGCUUUCUACGUAAAAAAUGAAAUGUAUUAGUACAAGUCUUUAAGAUACCGUAAAAUAUCAUAUGGGUCCGUAUGUAUCACAUUUAUUAAUUAGUGUAUAAAUUAAAAUUAUACAAAUGAUCUCUUUUUUUUUGACAUCGAAAAAUAAUCUCAUUAAACAAAGAAAAUUAGUAAAUUUACUUGAAUACACAAAACUCAUUUAAGAAAAAAGAAAACCGACCAAAGAGAAAAUGUACUGGGGGCAAGUAAGAUUUUUGAUAUGGGAGCAAAAACUAUUUUACUCUAUAAUAUGUAUUAAAUUAAAAAAAAAUAUUGGGGGGCAAACUGCCUCCCCUCUCAACGUACGUGCCAAACGUUGAAUAGAUUUUUCUAAUUAGUGAUAAAUGUAUUGUUUCUAACUCUUUAUAUAUUAGUUAAUAUCUCACGAAAACAAUGUGGGAUACUUUAUUUCUAAUACAUACUAUAUCAACAUGGUUAAAAGCUUUUGUAUCAUAUUCAAUAAGAAAUUAAACUUGAGGUUGAUACUUUUCAUUCAUACAUAGCAAAAGCCUGAACCUUUUUCACUCGUAAGAGUAGCAAAUUUAUGAAGCAUUAAGCUUCUUUAGUUUCAGUGGAUUUUUGUUGCCUAAUUGCACAAAAAUUUAGUGGUUCAUUCAUCUUAAUCUCUACUUAUCUGUAAAUUUAGUGUGACGUAGGAAAAAUAUAUUUGCAGAUUCUUCGAGAUAUGAUCAUGUGGUUAGAUUGAUGUUUUGAUACUUGCCACCCAAGUGUCACGUCCCAACUUUUGAAGAAAUAAUGGGCCGAGACCGAGAGGUUUCAAACCGACCAUACUUAAUAUUUUUCUUAAGUGUUAAGCUUGUAAAAUAUCUAAGUAAGGAUAAUAUAAAAUAAUGAUGGAAGUGUGUAGAAUAUUUUAGAAUAAAGUAGCUUAAGGGUGAAGUACUUCAUAGGAAGGAAAAGAUCUGAGCCGUUAGAUCGGUUUGAUCUCCACCAUCCGCUGAGGAGGUGAUUUUAUAUAAAUAGGGGGUGAAGCCUCAUCCGUAAAAUCAUUCACCAUGUUAUAAAACAAAUACUUCCAAAAGCUCUGACUUCUCCCUAAUAAUUUUCGCUAAAAUCAGGUUUUCUUAUCCGUAGAAUACACUUUCUACACUGCAUAGAACCAAAACAGAAAUCCCAUUAGAAGAUUCUAUUUCAUGUAGCCGUUUGAGUAGUGUAUAGAUUUUGUAUUCUUAGAAUGUUAGAAUACUUCAUAAAAGUAGAAACUGCAUUCGUAGAAAAAGUAAAUAAUUUUACAAUUAGUAGAAUUUGUAUUUCUUAUAUUUGAAAGUUUAAUUAAAAGUUGAUUGCUUGUUCUAAAAAAAUUAGAUGAACUUGUUUAGUCUGGAAUUUAAUUUCUACUAACCCAUUUUCCGUAGAAGACACAAUAUACUUUUAGUAGAACAUAUUUAAAAUUUCAAUUUACCAAGUUUUUCAAAAAAAAAAACCAGUUUGUGUAUAUGAGUGUUUUAUCAAUUUUUUUAUAUUUUUUUAUAAUUUUUUGAUUUAUUUCAUUAAUUUUUAGAAAUAGAAAGGAUAAAAAGGAAAACAAAUGGACAAAAUUGUUUUUAUAGCAAAGAGAAAACCAUGCUGUUUUUUUGUUCCGAUUUGACAAUUUUCUCCAAAAAGUUUAACCUCUAAUUGUCAACUCACGUUUUGACAAAAAGUUAAUAUAGUUUUGACUUCGUAGAAUUUAGAGAAAUUUCAUUAUCAAAAGAAAAUUUAUUUUCUGUUUGAAAAACAAAAAAAAUGUUGUCGAUGGGUAUGAAAAAGAGGAUUAUGAAUGUAUAUAUCUCAUUGUGGGAAGUCAAAGAUUUGCUUCUUUAUAAUAUCCUCCAUUUUUAGCCAAAAUCUUUUUACAUAUAUUCUAUGUUGUAGUCAAAUAAAAAUAUAAACAAAAUCUCAAAUUCCAUUUCAGUCUUUUCAUUCUUGUGUUUUUAGCCAAAAUCCUUUUAUAAUAUUAUCUAAAGAAACUCUUGUGUUUUUUAUUCAAGAUGGAAGGAGAAUCCUCUAAUGGCCCUCUCAUGCUUGGUGGAGUUUCUGAAGUGGCCUCGACAUCUGGUCAACUUGGUGAUGGUGCUGACAAGGAUGAAAGAUACGCUUUAAAUAUACAAGAUGCAGAGAGUAUGAAAUCUAGGCAACGGCCAAGAAGAAGAAAGAGGAGCUCAAGUUUGAAAAUAGUAGAAGUUGAGCUCAUCUUUCUUCUUGGCUGUUGCAUAGAUUUCAUACUCUCUGCAUCUUGAAUCUUUCGUCCUUCUCAACAUCAUCACCAAGUUGAUCAGAUGUCGAGGCCACUUCAGAAACUCCACCACGCUUGAGAGGAUCAUUAGAUGGAUUCUUCUUCCAUUUUGAAUAAAAACACACAAGAAUUUCUUUAGAAUAAUAUAUAAAAAGAUUUUGGCUAAAACACACAAGAAUAAAAAAAACUGAAAUGGAAUUUGAGAUUUUGUUUAUAUUUUUAUUUGACUACAACGUAGAAUAUAUGUAAAAAGAUUUUGGCUAAAAAUGGAGGGUAUUAUAUAGAAACAAAUCUUUGACUUCCCACAAAGAGAUAUAUACAUUCAUAAUCCUUUUUUUUCAUACCCAACAGCAACAUUUUUUUAUUUUUCAAGCGGAAAAUAAAAUUUCUUUUAAAAAUGAUUUCUCUAAAUUCUACCAAAUCAAAACUACAUUAACUUUUCGUUAAAACAUGAGUUAACAAUUUAAGGUUAAAUUUUUUACUACAUUUUGAUCAAAUAUCUUCAGAGUCUUCCACCAGAAACAAAACUAUAUUGUAUUGCGGAUGUAUCCUGGAAGUCACCAACUGAAAAGAGUUUGAAAAGGAUGGUCCUUAACAAGCAAAGAAGGCAUUCUCAAAAUUCAAGCACUUAAUAAGUGCUACCAUGUCACCUUUGGUAGCACAAUCAAUUGUAACUAGCUGUUCAACAAAUAAAUCGACUUGGAUACAUACAAGUUGUGUUUCUAGGUGACUGCGUGGAAUUGCUCAAAAAUUUGGAUCAAAUAGCAAUAGCUAGAAGCGGAAAGGAAGCAAAUAUCAUGACGCAACACCUGUAAUACAAGAUAUCUUAGCUCUAGCAGGAUUGAAUAGAUUUAGUUUUCAUCAAGUACCUAGAAAUUUGGUUCAGUAUUGUUGAUCAUCUAGCUAAGAGAGCCAGGUAUAAAAUUCAAGGAUAUGUAAUAACCUGGUUUUAAGUAUAAGCCAUUGUAAAGAAAUGAAAUGGUAGCAAAAAAAAUACGACUGGGAAAAUAUAUAGCAUAACUAGUGGCGGAGCCAAAAUUUAUUUUUAUUGGGGUCAAAAUUUAAAUAUUGUUAAAUUUAUUAAUAUUUUCAUAGUAAUAUAAAUUUUAAAAUAUGAGAUUUAAAAUCAAUGAUGAAAAAAUACCAUAGUAAAAUAUAAAAUAAAUUUGCUAUUAUUUUCUAUAAAAUUAACAAAAUGUAAAAAGUAUAAAAAUAUUAUUUUAGUCAUUGUAUUUUGAUUAUUGAGUUAUAUGUUUAUCAAACAAACAAUAUUAUACUAAAUAUGAUGAAUUGUGUAAAAAUAUUUUAACUUUUUGAUGUAAUAUAAAAAAAAUGUUAGUAUAUCACUUCAAAACAAUUAAUUCUGCAAAAACAAAAUUAUAAAUUUAAUUGCUGCAAUCUAUUUGAAGUUUAGAAUUAAAAUUUUAUAAGCUUUCUACGUAAAAAAUGAAAUGUAUUAGUACAAGUCUUUAAGAUACCGUGAAAUAUCAUAUGGGUCCGUAUGUAUCACAUUUAUUAAUUAGUGUAUAAAGUAAAAUUAUACAAAUGAUCUCUUUUUUUUUGACAUCGAAAAAUAAUCUCAUUAAACAAAGAAAAUUAGUAAAUUUACUUGAAUACACAAAACUCAUUUAAGAAAAAAGAAAACCGAACAAAGAGAAAAUGUACUGGGGGCAAGUAAGAUUUUUGAUAUGGGAGCAAAAACUAUUUUACUCUAUAAUAUGUAUUAAAUUAAAAAAAAAUAUUGGGGGGCAAACUGCCUCCCCUCUCAACGUACGUGCCAAACGUUGAAUUGAUUUUUCUAAUUAGUGAUAAAUGGAUUGUUCCUAACUCUUUAUAUAUUAGUUAAUAUCUCACUAAAAUGAUGUGGGAUACUUUAUUUCUAGUACAUACUAUAUCAACAUGGUUAAAAGCUUUUGUAUCAUAUUCAAUAAGAAAUUAAACUUGAGGUUGAUACUUUUCAUUCAUAUAUAGCAAAAGCCUGAACCUUUUUCUCUCGUAAGAGUAGCAAAUUUAUGAAGCAUUAAGCUUCUUUAGUUUCAGUGGAUUUUUGUUGCCUAAUUGCACAAAAAUUUAGUGGUUUAUUCAUCUUAAUCUCUACUUAUCUGUAAAUUUAGUGUGACGUAGGAAAAAUAUAUUUGUAGAUUCUUCGAGAUAUGAUCAUGUGGUUAGAUUGAUGUUUUGAUACUUGCCACCCAAGUGUCACGUCCCAAAUUUUGAAGAAAUAAUGGGCCGAGAUCAAGAGGUUUCAAACCGACCAUACUUAAUAUUUUUCUUAAGUGUUAAGCUUGUAAAAUAUCUAAGUAAGGAUAAUAUAAAAUAAUGAUGGAAGUGUGUAGAAUAUUUUAGAAUAAAGUAGCUUAAAGGUGAAGUACUUCAUAGGAAGGAAAAGAUCUGAGCCGUUAGAUCGGUUUGAUCUCCACCAUCCGCUGAGGAGGUGAUUUUAUAUAAAUAGGGGGUGAAGCCUCAUCCGUAAAAUCAUUCACCAUGUUAUAAAACAAAUACUUCCAAAAGCUCUGACUUCUCCCGAAUAAUUUUCGCUAAAAUCAGGUUUUCUUAUCCGUAGAAUACACUUUCUACACUGCAUAGAACCAAAACAGAAAUCCCAUUAGAAGAUUCUAUUUCAUGUAGCCGUUUGAGUAGUGUAUAGAUUUUGCAUUCUUAGAAUGUUAGAAUACUUCAUAAAAGUAGAAACUGCAUUCAUAGAAAAAGUAAAUAACUUUACAAUUAGUAGAAUUCGUAUUUCUCAUAUUCGAAAGUUUAAUUAAAAGUUGAUUGCUUGUUCUAAAAAAAUUAGAUGAACUUGUUUAGUCUGGAAUUUAAUUUCUACUAACCCAUUUUCCGUAGAAGACACAAUAUACUUUUAGUAGAACAUAAUUAAAAUUUCAAUUUAUCAAGUUUUUCAAAAAAAAAAACAGUUUGUGUAUAUGAGUGUUUUAUCAAUUUUUUAUAUUUUUUUUAUAAUUUUUUGAUUUAUUUCAUUAAUUUUUAGAAAUAGAAAGGGUAAAAAGGAAAAAAAAUGGACAAAAUUGUUUUUAUAGCAAAGAGAAAACCAUGCUGUUUUUUGUUCCGAUUUGACAAUUUUCUACAAAAAGUUUAACCUCUAAUUGUCAACUCACGUUUUGACAAAAAGUUAAUAUAGUUUUGACUUCGUAGAAUUUAGAGAAAUUUCAUUAUCAAAAGAAAAUUUAUUUUCUGUUUGAAAAACAAAAAAAUGUUGUCGAUGGGUAUGAAAAAGAGGAUUAUGAAUGUAUAUAUCUCAUUGUGGGAAGUCAAAGAUUUGCUUCUUUAUAAUAUCCUCCAUUUUUAGCCAAAAUCUUUUUGCAUAUAUUCUAUGUUGUAGUCAAAUAAAAAUAUAAACAAAAUCUCAAAUUCCAUUUCAGUCUUUUCAUUCUUGUGUUUUUAGCCAAAAUCCUUUUAUAAUAUUAUCUAAAGAAAUUCUUGUGUUUUUUAUUCAAGAUGGAAGGAGAAUCCUCUAAUGGCCCUCUCAUGCUUGGUGGAGUUUCUGAAGUGGCCUCGACAUCUGGUCAACUUGGUGAUGGUGCUGACAAGGAUGAAAGAUACGCUUUAAAUAUUCAAGAUGCAGAGAGUAUGUAAUCUAGGCAACGGCCAAGAAGAAGAAAGAGGAGCUCAAGUUUGAAAAUAGUAGAAGUUGAGCUCAUCUUUCUUCUUGGCUGUUGCAUAGAUUUCAUACUCUCUGCAUCUUGAAUCUUUCGUCCUUCUCAACAUCAUCACCAAGUUGAUCAGAUGUCGAGGCCACUUCAGAAACUCCACCAAUCUUGAGAGGAUCAUUAGAUGGAUUCUUCUUCCAUUUUGAAUAAAAACACACAAGAAUUUCUUUAGAAUAAUAUAUAAAAAGAUUUUGGCUAAAACACACAAGAAUGAAAAAAACUGAAAUGGAAUUUGAGAUUUUGUUUAUAUUUUUAUUUGACUACAACGUAGAAUAUAUGUAAAAAGAUUUUGGCUAAAAAUGGAGGGUAUUAUAUAGAAACUAAUCUUUGACUUCCCACAAAGAGAUAUAUACAUUCAUAAUCCUUUUUUUUCAUACCCAACAUCAACAUUUUUUUAUUUUUCAAGCGGAAAAUAAAAUUUCUUUUAAAAAUGAUUUCUCUAAAUUCUACCAAAUCAAAACUACAUUAACUUUUCGUUAAAACAUGAGUUAACAAUUUGAGGUUAAAUUUUUUACUACAUUUUGAUCAAAUAUCUUCAGAGUCUUCCACUAGAAACAAAACUAUAUUGUAUUGCGGAUGUAUCCUGGAAGUCACCAACUGAAAAGAGUUUGAAAAGGAUGGUCCUUAACAAGCAAAGAAGGCAUUCUCAAAAUUCAAGCACUUAAUAAGUGCUACCAUGUCACCUUUGGUAGCACAAUCAAUUGUAACUAGUUGUUCAACAAAUAAAUCGACUUGGAUAUAUACAAGUUGUGUUUCUAGGUGACUGCGUGGAAUUGCUCAAAAAUUUGGAUCAAAUAGCAAUAGCUAGAAGCGGAAAGGAAGCAAAUAUCAUGACGCAACACCUGUAAUACAAGAUAUCUUAGCUCUAGCAGGAUUGAAUAGAUUUAGUUUUCAUCAAGUACCUAGAAAUUUGGUUCAGUAUUGUUGAUCAUCUAGCUAAGAGAGCCAGGUAUAAAAUUCAAGGAUAUGUAAUAACCUGGUUUUAAGUAUAAGCCAUUGUAAAGGAAUGAAAUGGUAGCAAAAAAAAUACGACUGGGAAAAUAUAUAGCAUAACUAGUGGCGGAGCCAAAAUUUAUUUUUAUUGGGGUCAAAAUUUAAAUAUUGUUAAAUUUAUUAAUAUUUUCAUAGUAAUAUAAAUUUUAAAAUAUGAGAUUUAAAAUCAAUGAUGAAAAAAUACCAUUGUAAAAUAUAAAUUAUAAUUUGCUAUUAUUUUCUAUAAAAUUAACAAAAUGUAAAAAGUAUAAAAAUAUUAUUUUAGUCAUUGUAUUUUGAUUAUUUAGUUAUAUGUUUAUCAAACAAACAAUAUUAUACUAAAUAUGAUGAAUUGUGUAAAAAUAUUUUAACUUUUUGAUGUAAUAUAAAAAAAAUGUUAGUAUAUCACUUCAAAACAAUUAAUUCUGCAAAAACAAAAUUAUAAAUUUAAUUGCUGCAAUCUAUUUGAAGUUUAGAAUUAAAAUUUUAUAAGCUUUCUACGUAAAAAAUGAAAUGUAUUAUUACAAGUCUUUAAGAUACCGUAAAAUAUCAUAUGGGUCCGUAUGUAUCACAUUUAUUAAUUAGUGUAUAAAGUAAAAUUAUACAAAUGAUCUCUUUUUAAACAAAGAAAAUUAGUAAAUUUACUUGAAUACACAAAACUCAUUUAAGAAAAAAGAAAACCGAGAAAAGAGAAAAUGUACUGGGGGCAAGUAAGAUUUUUGAUAUGGGAGCAAAAACUAUUUUACUCUAUAAUAUGUAUUAAAUUUAAAAAAAUUAUUGGGGGGGGGGGGGGGGGGGCAACUGCCUCCCCUCUCAACGUAUGUGCCAAACGUUGAAUAGAUUUUUCUAAUUAGUGAUUAUUCCUAACUCUUUAUAUAUUAGUUAAUAUCUCACUAAAACGAUGUGGGAUACUUUAUUUCUAAUACAUACUAUAUCAACAUUGUUCAAAGCUUUUGUAUCAUAUUCAAUAAGAAAUUAAACUUGAGUUUGAUACUUUUUCAUUCAUACAUAGCAAAAGCCUGAACCUUUUUCUCUCGUAAGAGUAGCAAAUUUAUGAAGCAUUAAGCUUCUUUAUUUUCAGUGGAUUUUUGUUGCCUAAUUGCACAAAAAUUUAGUGGUUCAUUCAUCUUAAUCUCUACCUAUAUGUAAAUUUAGUGUGACGUAGGAAAAAUAUAUUUGUAGAUUCUUCGAGAUAUGAUCAUGUGGUUAGAUUGAUGUUUUGAUACUUGCCACCCAAGUGUCACGUCCCAACUUUUGAAGAAAUAAUGAGCCGAGACCGAGAGGUUUCAAACCGACCAUACUUAAUAUUUUUCUUAAGUGUUAAGCUUGUAAGAUAUCUAAGUAAGGAUAAUAUAAAAUAAUGAUGGAAGUGUGUAGAAUAUUUUAGAAUAAAGUAGCUUAAGGGUGAAGUACUUCAUAGGAAGGAAAAGAUCUGAGCCGUUAGAUCGGUUCGAUCUCCACCAUCCGCUGAGGAGGUGAUUUUAUAUAAAUAGGGGGUGAAGCCUCAUCUGUAAAAUCAUUCACCACGUUAUAAAACAAAUACUUACGAAAGCUCUGACUUGUCUCUAAAAGUAUUCACAUUUUCUCUCUGUAAGUGCUGAUCGAGUUUAUCCGAAAGGAUGACUUAGUAACCACAAGGGUGAAAAGGUACUAAGGCCGUACAUCCUGAUUGCUGCGAUAAAUCAGUCCGUGACACAUGGCUGCUCAAUAUUUCCGUUUUAAUGUAAGAGAGUAAGAUGCACCAAACAUUCUAAUUGGUGAUUAGUUUCAUGAGAGGAAAAAAAGAGGAAACUUUGCCAAAACGGAAUAAAAAAAUAUAGUUGUCCAUUUGAUAUAUAUCCAUCGUUAAUUAUCCUUUGAGUAUAUUUUUCAUAAUUUCAAAACUAUUAAUUGAUUAAUAAAACUAAACACAAUAAACACUAUUUAAAGAUUUAAUUGAAUUGUGAAAAGUUUAAUGAAAAAAAUGUUUGAAAAACGUUAAAAUUUAAAAGUUUAAUUUUUUUAUUAAAAAGUUUAUAAAUGUUUUAAACUUUUUACAAAAAUAAUUUUUUUAAAAAGGUUUACGAAGUUUUAUUUUUAUUUCUGUACAAACGUUUUAGAAGUGUUAAAAUUAAAGAAAAAUAUUUCUUUUUAUUAAAAAGUUUAAUAAAAAAUUAAGAAACGUUUUUAAAUAAUCUUUUUGAUAAAAAGUCUAAUAAAAUGAAAAAAAAUGCAUACACGUUUUAGGGAAGUUAUAAUAUUACAAUUUUUUUUUUGAUAUUUAUGACAAGAUAAAUCAACCUAUACACGUUUUAGGGAACUUAGAAUAUUAUAAAUACUUUUAGAAUGUUUUCUUAACUGAAACUUCCAUAAUUUUCGCCAAAAUCAGGUUUUCUUAUCCGUAGAAUACACUUUCUACACUGCGUAAAACCAAAACAGAAAUCCCAUUAGAAGAUUCUAUUUCAUGUAGCCAUUUGAGUAGUGUAUAGAUUUUGCAUUUUUAGAAUGUUAGAAUACCUCAUAAAAGUA